AUGGUAGCUAAAGAUACCUUUGACAAAACAGUUACGACUUUGUACCAAGUUUCUGAAAUCGAACACGAACCACAAAACCUGUGUAAACUUCAAUGGCAGAAGGGUCAACCUUUAGCCAUGGUCACAUUGCCAAACUUAGGUAUUGAAAAUAGACCUAAUGUUCUUUCUCAAUCCAAAGUCAAUGCCAACACUAUCUACGAAUGGAAUAUAGAUGACAAAGCCAUAGCUGAACUCCUAAUAGCAGGAUUCUCAGGCCAACUCAAAGAAUGGUGGGAUUACCAUCUCAUGCCCCCUCAACAUUUAGAAAUUUUGAACGCAAUCCAAACCACAGAGGAAGGAAUUCCCAUCAUCGACGAAAUAGGAAACCCAAUACCUGAUGCAACGAAUUUGAAUGGCAUUCCUCCUAGUCAUUCAGAUUUGUUUCUCCACAUACAUAAAUGUGGCAAGGAUAAAACUUGGGUUGAUAAAAGAUCGGAAUAUGUUCAUGAAAAAUUUAAACGUAGGUUUGAAGAAUUGACCCAAGAAACAACUUCACAAGGAACUCCUCCACCAAAUGAAUUAGAUGUGUGGUGUGAGGUUGCUGGAAUAAAAAGAGGACGAGUAUAUGGUCUCGGAAUGGAAUCUACUGUAUUAUUAGGGAGACCUAAUUAUCGUGGAUCAUGUUCUUCAUCAACAGAGUGGGUUCAAAGACAUGAAUUUGAAGAAAUGAGAAAUGAAAGAGAUCAACUUCGAGAGGAAUUGGCUAAUACAAACAGAGCAGUUGAGCGCAACAACUACUUGAUAAAGCAACUGAUGAAUAGCUUGAACUUUAAACCCAUGCCAUAUACUACAGAUCAAAUUCAUGAAGAUGGGGUUAGUGAUAAUGAUAAUGAGAUUGGUGAUCAUGAUGCUGGUGAUUUUGAUGAUGAGAUUGCUGAUAAUGAUGCUCGUGAUCAUGAUGGUGAAGAGUUAGAUGGAUAGUGAUAAGUUAAUUAAUUAUAUGUUGCAAUUUGUUAUGACUAAAUAUAUUAUGUUUAAACUAAUUUUUU